UUCAAAAAUGUUGCGUCUGCUCCAAAUGCACUGCACGCCUAUUCAUCAGUGAGAUUAGUCAUCAGGCUGUUGUGUUGACUGUAUAACAGGAUUUCACCUCAUUCGCACACUAGCCUUGCUGGAGAAGCAGACAACAUCGCCGUACCAACCUUACCAGAAACAAAUUUGUUUCCCUCCCAAAGCAGCCAUGUACAAACUGGAAGAGUGCAUUCAAAAAUUUGUGGAUCUAUUUGAAGAGUACGCCAGUGAGGAUAACGAUUGUUUGAGCAGGGAUGAGUUUAAAGCGCUGGUCAUCGAUGAAAUCAGUUCCCCUGACUAUAAAGGAAAACUAGAGAAAUGCGAUAUCGAUGAGGUCUUUGACCAGCUGGAUAAGAACGAUGACGACCAGCUCAGCUUCCAGGAGUACAUCAUGUGCAUGGUUAAAAUGACAAAACGUCAACGCAGAAAGGCUGGAGGGAAGGGUCGCCGUAGAGGCGGCAAAGGUUGCAGGGGCAAAGGUGGUAAAGGAAGGGGCAGUGACGAUGAUGAUGAAGACUGUAGGGGUGGCGGUGGUAAGGGUGGUAAGGGGGGUAAGGGUGGCAAAGGCGGCAAGGGCGGCAAGGGCGGAAGGGACUGUGAUGAUGAAUAAAAUGCUAAUAAUGGUCGGUCAUUUAUUCGUGCUGUUUCUGUGUUUGCUUUUAUCAAUGAAAGUAAAUUAAAACGCUAUAUCUUCCUA